AUGCGCAGCAGCUCCUACAGGGCCGCUCACUGCCACACAACUGCUGCGGAAGGCUCCUCUUCCACAGCAGCCCGAGGGGGGCCCCAACCUCCUGGUGCUGCAGCAGCAGCACGAGAAGCACAAGGUGGAAAGGUAGCAGCAGCAGCAGCAGGAUCAGCAGCAGCAGCAGCGGGACCAGCAACAGCAGCAGGGCCAGCAGCAGCAGGACCAACAGCACCAUCAGGACCAGCAGCAGCAGUGGGACCAGCAGCAGCAGCAGAACCAGCAGCAGCAGCAGAACCAGCAGCAGCAGCAGAAACAGCAGCAGCAGCGGGAGCAGCAGCAGCAGCAGCAGAACCAGCAGCAGCAGCAGAACCAGCAGCAGCAGCAGCAGCAGCAGCAGCAGCAGCAAGAAGGGGCCCGCGCAUGACUGUGGGGCAGCGGCGGGCUGAAGACCGGAGGCUGAAUUGGCACCGGCAUUACAUAUAUGGUCCAGUGGACCCCACAGCUUCAGUGAGUUCGAAGUCAGCAGCAGCAGCAGCAGCAGCAGCAGCAGCAGCAGCAGCAGAGCCUCCGGAGCAGCUGCUGCGGCUGCCGCCCCACCAAAAGCCCCGCAGCAAGCGCUGGAGCCUGCUGCAGCAGCUGCAGGUGGGAGAAGCUGUGGUGGCAGCAGCAGCAGCAGCAGCAAAGGGGGCCCUCAAGGAGGCCCUGGAGGCCCGGGGGGCCCCCGAGGGCCCCCGCCGCAAGAAAGGGGCCCCCGGGGGCCCCCAGCAGGGGGCCCCCCUGAGGGUACUAAUGAGACAAGCUGCGCUGCGGGCAGCAGCAGCAGCAGUGGAGGAGGCCCUGAAGGAGGUGGAGGCCCUCGAGGGGGCCCCCGGGGGGCCCCCCCUGCAGGGCGCCGCGCUGUGGGAGGGGGCCCCCGCUGCUGCUGCUGCUGCUGCUGCGGGCGACGCAGCAGCAGCAGCAGCAGCAGCAGCAGCAGCAGAGAGCCGGAAGCAGCAAAUCGAGCGCAUGGGGCCCCGCACGAUCUACGCAGCAGAACUGAAGAAGCUGCUGCGGAACAGAGCAGCACUAGCAGCAGCAGGAGUGCUGUCGGAGCGCAGCAGCAGCGGGGCCCCCCCCGCUGCUGCUGCUGCUGCUGCUGCUGCUGCUGCUGCUGCUGCGGGGGGGGGCCCCCCGACCCUCGCAGAGGCCCUGCUGCCCCGCGGGGGCCUCCCGCUGCCCCCCAGUGCUGCGCUGCUGCUGUGUCAGCUGCUGGCAGCAGCAGCAUUUGACGAGACUGUCGAGGUGCAUGUACACCUCAAGAGACGCAGCAGCAAAGACACCCACCUGCUGCAACCCCACAGAGUCCAGGGCUUCUUCACCCUCCCUUACGGGGUCAUUCCCUCUCUUAGGGGCCCCCAGGGGGCCCCCCAGGGGGGCCCCCAGGGGGGCCCCCAGGGGGCCCCCCAGGGGGGCCCCCAGGGGGGCCCCCAGGGG